AUGGUGGUGAGCAUAGCUGCCUUGCAAGAUGGCACUAAGAGAAAGUGUGCUUCUGUAAAGUCAGAAACAGGAGUCAUGGGGAGAGUUGUGGGGGAGUUUGCCCGUUGGAAGGUGAGGAACACAGCCAUCGAGAGGAGAGACCUGGUCCGUCAUCCAGUGCCCCUCAUGCCAGAGUUUCAAAGGAGCAUCCGUCUGCUUGGCAGGAGACCCACCACUCAGCAGUUCAUCGAUACCAUCAUCAAAAAGUACGGCACCCACCUCCUCAUCUCUGCUACCUUGGGAGGGGAGGAAGCCUUGACCAUGUACAUGGACAAAAGCCACCUGGACAGGAAGUCAGGGAACGCCACUCAAAGCGUCGAAGCUCUGCACCAGCUCGCGUCAUCUUACUUUGUCGACCGCGAUGGCACCAUGAGGAGACUCCACGAGAUCCAGAUAUCAACUGGGGCAAUCAAGGUCACAGAGACACGCACUGGGCCUCUGGGCUGUAAUAGCUAUGACAAUCUGGACUCUGUGAGUUCCGUCCUUCUGCAAAGCACGGAGAGCAAACUGCACCUUCAAGAACUGUUCAACAAAAGAGAGCCUACACUGGAUAAGAGUACAUGCCACGAGGCCAGUGAGGAGGCUAUUUUGUUUAUCAAGGUGAAAGAAAAUGGUGGCAUGGGCCAUAAUGAUGGCAAUGAUGCUUGUGAGAAGGCAUUUGAUCAUGAAUGUACUUUUAAGCACCGCUGA